AUGAAUCCCACUACCUCUUCUACAACAGAUAAGCGCUACUUCUGUACCGUCUGCCAGCAAGGUUUCACACGCAGCGAUCAUCUCAAAAGACAUAGCCUUCGUCGUAAGCUACCCAUUGUAUCCCAACCUCGCUUUAUGUUGUUGUUCAUGUCCAUGAUUCCGGGCGAAAACCCUUCUUAUGUGGUUUUUGUAACAUACCAUUUUCCCGCUCUGACUGUCUGCGCAAGCAUCUUGCAACUUGUACCGAACGCGGAAAUCGUCGCGUGCCUCCAAGGUUUCAAGCUGGCCGAAAAAGACAUGCCUGUCAGCAGGCAAGUUCAAAGUGCCUUCUCACAUAUGCGACAAGCUUUACUAAUUAGCAAAAUCCUGCACAGUGCAUAUCACGGAAAAUGCGCUGCGAUGGGAAUUUUCCUUGUACUUCUUGUUAUGAAAGCAAGCUGCGUCUCAUUGCAGCGAAAUACUCUCGAACCGCCCUCUGAUCGGAGGAUAUUAAGAAGCCUUCUCGAGGGAGGGACUGACAGUUUUACCGAAAGUCUCUUUCUCCCACCAAGCAAUUAUAGGACUCGGGCCCUUGCAUGUCAUAAACUUCGAAGUGUAUCAUUCGACUUCGCUGCUUCGCCUGCCAAUUUGCAGGAAGAUCAGAGCGAAUUCAAAGCCUGGUACAAUGAAUACGAAUCGAUCUCUCUACCCUGCAUGGAAGAUGUGUUGAACGGUUUCUUUAAUGGUCCCGUUGGUGAUCCAUCCAGCAUGUUAGACUUUUCUUUCUCCGACGAGACCGCGGGUCCGGCAAUGGCAACCCCCCUAGGGGACUUUAGCCCGAAGCUAUUUUUUGAACCGCUUCUCCCUGAGUCUGAAAGAUCAUAUGCUGCAUUGUUAAUCCAGUCAAUUCUGAGGAAGGCGCUUGAAGUUCCUCUGCCUGAGAAAAGGCAGUGUGAAAUAAUCACCUAUCUGAACUUCUUACUGACAACUACGCGCAUCGAACGAUUCAUUGAUCUGUACUUCGAGUACUGGCACCCGAGCGCUGCCAUUCUUCAUCCUCCUUCCUUCGACUCAGAAAAAGUCUCCCUGUCUUUACUCGCAUCUGUGGUAUUCAUGGGCGCUAUGUAUUCGCAGGACGAGAUGGAAUUAUAUGUCGCGAAGAAAAUCAUUGAUUUUGCAGAGCUUUUUACUUUCUCCAGUACUGUCUUUGCCAGUGACAGUGAAGUUGUUAUUCAAUUCUGCAACGACCGAGAUUUUGUUGAGGAGCUUGAUACUUGCACUCAAUUACAGGAUCUUCAGGCAGGGCUGAUUAUGGUCAUAGUUCAGUAUUGGGCUGGCAGUCAUACAUCACGGAAUCGCGCAAAGGAAGAAAGGUUCAGCCAGGUUGUUAAGGUUGCUCGUCAAGUAGGAUUAAAUUCCCGCCACCUACUCCAAGAUUGUAUAUACGAAGACUUAUGGAUACGCAAAGAGAGUCGAAUUCGGUAA